AAAGCACCCAAGAUGGCCAAAAUUAAGAAGAGAGGUGUCUCCGGAAACGCUAAGAACUUCAUCACCAGAACCCAGGCGGUCAAAAAGCUUCAAGUUUCUUUGAGCGAUUUCCGUCGUCUCUGUAUUUUCAAAGGUAUCUAUCCUAGAGAGCCUAGAAAUAAGAAGAAGGCUAACAAGGGUUCCACGGCUCCAGUAACAUUCUACUAUGCUAAGGACAUCCAGUACUUGCUGCAUGAGCCAGUUUUGGCUAAGUUCCGUGAACAUAAAACUUUUGCCAAAAAGUUGCAGAGAGCUCUUGGUAGAGGUGAAGUCUCUGACGCCCAGAAGCUCGAAGCCAACCGUCCCAAGUAUACCUUGGAACACAUUAUUAAGGAAAGAUAUCCUACUUUUUUGGAUGCCUUGAGAGAUAUAGAUGAUCCGUUGAACAUGUUGUUCCUUUUUGCCAACAUGCCAGCUACUGAUAAGGUUUCUCACAGAGUCACAAAGGAAGCAGAGAAAUUGACUAACCAAUGGUUAGCCUACGUUGCCAAAGAGAGACUUAUCAAGAAGGUCUUCGUUUCCAUCAAAGGUGUAUACUACCAGGCUAAUGUCAAGGGUCAAGAGAUCAGAUGGUUGGUACCAUUCAAGUUUCCUACCAACAUCCCUACUGAUGUAGACUUCAGAAUCAUGUUGACGUUCUUGGAAUUUUACUCCACCUUAUUGCAUUUCGUGUUGUACAGAUUGUACAACGAUUCCAACUUGAUCUACCCACCUACUAUUGAUAUCGAAAAAUUGAAGGGUAUCGGCGGUUUGUCAUCUUAUGUGUUGCAAUCGAAAGAUCAAGGUGUCAGUGCCUUGUUGCCCCAAGAUAAAAAGAUUGUAGAAGACGAUGUAUCAGUACAGGGAAAGGAAUUAUCUACAGCUAACAUCUCUAAGGCUCUUGAAGCUGAUAAUGAGGGAGAAGAACAUGAAGAGGUUGAACAGGAGACUGUCGAAAAUGUCGAAUUGGACAAAUUCGAAGCCUCGGCCACGAAGACUGCAGUAGACUCGUUGGUUCAACCUUCUAAGUACGCUUCGCCUACAUCUACUCUUUUCUCUAAGUUUAUCUUCUACGUUGGUCGUGAGGUGCCAUUGGACAUCUUGGAGUUGUGUAUUCUCUCUUGUGGUGGAUCUGUAGUCUCUGAAGUCGCUUUAGAUGACUUGAAGACCAACCUGCCUGACGCAUACAAGAAGUUGGAUCUCUCCAACAUCACCCACCAAAUCAUCGACAGACCUAAGAUUUUGCAAAAGGUUGCAGGUAGAACUUAUAUCCAGCCGCAAUGGAUCUUUGAUUGUAUCAACAAGAGUGAGUUGUUGCCUGUGAACAAGUAUGCUCCUGGCGAAACCUUGCCUCCACACUUGUCCCCAUGGGGUGAUGCAGGCUCGUACAAUCCAGAAGCUGAAAAGGUUGACCAAAGUGAAAACGCAGAAGAAGAGGAAGAAGACGAAGUAGACGAAGACGACGAAGACGCAGACGAAGACGAAGAGGACGAAGAGGAAGAGGACGAGGAAGAGGACGAGGAUCUCAAGGCCCAGAAGGAAUUGGAGCUCGAAGCUGCCGGUGUCAAGUUCUCUGAAAUCGCCGAAAAGGAAAAGAAGGCCGCUAAGAAAGCUAGCAAGAAGAGACCAGCUGAAGAAGACGAAGAAAAGGAGUUGAAGAAGAUCAUGAUGACCAACAAGCAGCGUAAGUUGUACAAGAAGAUGCAAUACGGUAUUGACAAGAAGGAAACCAGAACGCAAGAAUUGGCCAAGAAGAAGAGAAAGAUAGAAAAGACCAAGGCUCAGUUGGACAAGUUGAGCAAGAAGUAGACUGUAGAUUAGUAGCAAUAAAAUAGCACGAUAUAAGAAUGAAGAAUGUAGUCU